UCCUCUCCCGCUAUCGCCUCCCCUCUCCCCAUUCCCCAACCCGAAACCCUAACCCUAACCGACGACCUCCUCGAUUCCGAACAAACCCUAGAUUCCAAUCUCAACGACCCCCGUUCCCUUCGACCCCUCCUCGACGUCAAAAUCAAGUCCAACGAGAUCCCCGAAGCCAUCUCGGUCCUCGACCGCCUCAUCGAGCUUGAGCCCGAUGACCUUGAUCUUCAACUAUUGAAAUCUCACCUACUCAUCCAAUCUGGUGAUGUGAACUCAGCUAGGCAUUUCAUCGAACAGGUUAUCCACAGAAACCCAUUUUCAGUGGAGGCCUAUAAUGCGCUUAUAAUGGCGAACCGAGAAGCCGAAGAGGGAUUGGAUGGGAUCCUUGAGAGGGUUGAGAAAGCUAUGGAGAUGUGCAAGAAGGCAAAGAGGAGAGAGGAUUUGAGGGACUUUAAGCUGUUGAAGGCACAAGUGAAGGUUUGUGAGGGGAAGUAUGAGGAGGCGAUUAGGGUUUAUGAGGAGUUGGUGAAGGAGGAGCCGAGGGAUUUUAGGCCGUAUUUAUGUGAAGGGAUUGUGUAUAGUUUGAUGAUGAAGAAGGAGGAGGCGGAGAAGAAGUUUGAGAAGUAUCGGAGGCUCGUGCCAAAGGGGCAUCAGUAUAGAGGGUUUUUCGAUGAUAAUGUGAUUGCGAUGAAGGUUUUCGGGCAGAUGGAGGAAAAUAGGAGGACCCUGAAAAUAUGAGCUUGGAGGUUUUGUAUUGCGAAUGUGGGAUGGUCUUUUUGUGUCAAUGGGUUAUAUUUUUGUUGUUUCGACUUUGGUAGAUUAUCUAUGAUGUUAUUCAUCUUUGAGCAUUUUGGUGAUGAUUUAUUUAUGUCACAUGUUCAUGUUGGUGAUAUGAAUAUCUUUUCUUCAUGUCUAAUUUUUAAGCCUUAUUCAUGAUCUUAGAUGUAUUUUUACUGUCAAAUAUAACUGGUGGGGAACAGUAGUUAUGAUGUUGAUAAUAUGAGAUUGGAGGCUUUUGUA